AUGUCUUGCGUUGUGUAUGAGGACGGAGCUGUUGGAUUUAGACAGAAAAUAGUUUUGUCUGUAUUAACGUACAAACCAAUUCGCAUUAAAAACAUUCGGAGUAAAAGCAAAAAUCCAGGAGUUACUUCUGAGGAAGUGGAUUUAUUGAAACUCAUCAAUGAAAUAAGCAACGGUGCAAUAGUUCGAAUUAAUGAUACCGGUUGCAAUGUUUACUUUUCGCCUGGUACACUUAUUGGAGGAGAAGUGGUAUUCAAAUGCUCUGCCAAGCGUGGCUUGGGAUAUUAUCUCGAGCCUCUAUUUCUCCUUUGCUCCUUCACUAAGUCUCCUCUUCAUUUAACUCUGAACGGUGUCACUAAUAAUAGUAUUGAUCCAUCUGUUGAUGUGAUAGCGCAAAGUUGGAUUCCGUUCUUGAAGAAUCUUCUACCUGAAGCUUCCAAGGGCGCCCUUUCAUUGAAUAUUGUCAAGCGAGGCGUUCCUCCAAAGGGGGGUGGGCAGGUUGUCUUCACAUCAAAACCUGCUCUCUUUCUUUCUCCUCUUCAGUUAAUAAAGGUAGACAAGGUGUACAGAAUUCGUGGCGUUGCUUGGACUUGCAGAGUUAGCCCUGCUUUUGCUUCUCAGGUUAUGAUUGGCGCUAAAGAACUUCUUAAUACAUUUCUCAGUGAUGUUUAUAUAACUCUUGAUCAACGAAAGCGUGAAUUUGCUGGUGGCAGUUCAGGUUUCGGUAUUGUUCUCUGGGCGAUGACAAAGGAGAAACUGGUUUACACUGCAGAAGCCUGUAAUGCUACGGAGGGUGGGAAAAAGGCUUCUCCGAAUCCUGUUAUUCCAUCAGAACUUGGCCUUGAAGCUGCUUCUCGUUUGCUUAACCAGAUUUAUCUUGGCGGUUGCGUGGACGAGUCCCUACAGUCAGUGGCUUUGAGCCUGAUGGCGUUUGAGGGUGGUCGAAAUGCGAGCCAACUUCUAAUCUCCGAACCCACUCCCCACACUGUGCAAACCCUUCGUCUUCUUCAAAAAACUCUCGGCGUUACUUUCGACAUCUCUUACGCCGAUCGGGUUAAAUCGAAUGGAUCUGCACCCCAAACAGAAGGCGAUGCAACGGUAGAAGAAGCAACGAGCAAUGAGAUGCAGACACUGGUGAAUUCUAACACUGACUUGGAUGAAGGCGGCGAUGUGGAAAAACCAGUUCCCCUCAUAGCAACUUGUUUCGGCUCAGGGAUAAAGAAUAUCAAUAUGGCCAUUCGAUAA